AUGGACCGCAGCUUGGAUGAGAUCAUCGCAGAGCGCCCUCCUUAUAGAGAUGAACAUGUUGACUUGGAUCUGGAUUGGGUCCACGACAAGUAUGAAGAUGACCGAGACACACGCCCGUCCCGUGGCUCUCGACGGCCUCGUGGUGACCGAUACUCCCCGUCUCCGGAACGGGGCGCGCCUUCGGGAACCAGACUUCGCAUUGAGAAUCUCCACUACGAUAUCACAGAGACCGAUCUUGAAGAGUUAUUCUGUCGGAUCGGAUCCAUCUCGAACGUAUCUCUUGUCUACGACCGCGCCGGACGCUCCGAGGGAGUUGCCUAUGUUACGUACGCCCGCCACAGCGAUGCGAGAACAGCGAUCGCGGAGUUCGAUGGCGCCAACGCUAAAGGUCAACCCAUUCGUAUUUCGAUAACUUCCUCCGCACCACGACGGGGCCGGAAUCCAUUCGACAACGUCGAAAAGCCAAAGGGCAGCCUCUUUGACCGCGUUGAGAGACCGGGCGGCCGAGACGCUCGCAGUUUAAGCCCCACUGGAAACCGGAGCGAAAGCGCUGAGGAUGGCGGACGCCGUCGUCGUGGCCGUCGCGGAGGUGCAAACUACCGCCGCAGCGAUGUAUCCAAGCCUGCUCCCGAACACAUUGAUCGUUACAUCCCCGGCCAACGGUCCCCAGUCCGCCGCGGCGGUGGUGGUGGCCGGCGACAAGGAGGCGAGAACAGAGAAUCCCGCCGUGGAGGUAACCCCCGUCCCAAGAAGACACAAGAGCAGCUCGACCAGGAGAUGGAGGAUUACUGGGGUAGUGGUGCGGCCUCUGGUGCAACUGAACAGGCAGAACAAACGGCCCCUGCUCCUGCAGCCGCUGCUGAGCCCGCCGCGGCGGCACCGGCUGGUGACGACGAUAUCGACAUGAUUGAAUAG